AUGGCGAACACGCAGCAUAUCGUGGGCACGGCCGACCUCAACCUCAUCGAAGCCCCUGUUACCUGGCGCGCCUACAUGAUCUGUGGCUUUGCCAGCUUCGGAGGAAUCCUUUUCGGCUAUGACUCUGGUUACAUCGCAGGCGUACUAGGCAUGGACUUCGUCAAGCAACACUUCGGACACCCCGUUUCCAAAGACCUCGACCCUUCAGGGUUUAUAAUGGCUACCUCACAGAAAUCGCUCAUUACCUCCAUCUUAUCCGCUGGUACCUUCAUCGGCGCCUUGCUUGGGGGUGGUAUUUCUGAGCACAUUGGCCGCCGCACCACCAUCAUGAGUUCCUGUCUCGUCUUCACAAUCGGAGUCGCCAUCCAGGUGGGAACGAUUAACGUCACUGGUCUCGUAGCUGGCCGAUUCAUCGCUGGCCUGGGCGUUGGUGGUGUUUCGGCCACUGUGAUUCUGUACGUCUCUGAGAUUAGCCCUCGACGUGUUCGCGGGCUGCUGGUUUCUGUCUAUCAAUGGGCUAUCACGAUCGGCUUGCUGGUAGCAUCGGGCGUCGACCAAGCCUGCAAGGAUAUGCCCGACCGCACGUCGUAUCGGGUGCCGAUUGGGUUGCAAUUUAUAUGGGCUGCUAUCCUUGCUGCGGGCCUCUUCUUCCUGCCCGAGUCUCCGCGGUACUAUGUCCGGCGCGGCCGGAUGGAUCAUGCGCUUCGCUCUCUCGAGCGAGUUCGCGGACAGUCUGGGACAGCACCGGGGAUUCAAGCUGAGCUGGCGGAGAUCAAAGCCAAUUUCGAGUACGAGAAGCAGAUUGCUAGCACCUCUUGGGCUGAUUGCUUUAAAGGUGGCUUGGCGGCUCGUGGGAAUCUGCGUCGAGUCAUUGCUGGGACGUCCUUGCAGAUGUUUCAGCAAUGGACUGGCAUUAACUUCAUCUUCUACUAUGGUACCACGUUCUUCCAGCAAGUCGGCAUGUCCAACGCCUUCUUGAUGUCGACGAUCAUGAAUAUAGUCAACGUGGUGACCACCCCAGCAUCAUUCUACAUGAUCGAGAAAUUUGGCCGACGAACUCUACUUCUCUGGGGUGCCUGCAUCAUGUGUGUUUGCGAGUUCAUCGUCGCCAUCGUAGGCAUUGCCGAUAUCCCAGGCCAAGCGGCAAACAUGUUUUUGAUAUUAUUUACCUGCUGCUAUAUCGCCUCAUUUGCAACGACCUGGGGCCCCGCAGCAUGGGUCGUCAUCGGCGAGAUCUAUCCUCUGCCAAUCCGAGCUAAAGGCGUCGCUCUCGCCACGGCCUCGAACUGGCUCUGGAACUGUGUCAUUGCCACCAUCACGCCAUACAUCGUCGACAAGGAUAAGGGCAAUCUGGGUGUCAAGGUGUUCUUUGUCUGGGGCAGUGCGCUUUUCUUGUGUUUCCUGUUUGCCUUCUUCGUCAUCCCGGAGACGAAGGGCCUCACACUGGAGCAGGUGGAUAAGAUGCUCGACGAGUCGACGCCUAGGACGAGUGCUAAGUGGGUGCCGCGAGAGACAUUUGCGCAUGAAAUGGGCAUGGCAGACGACCGGGAGGGUAUAGUCGGUGCGGAGGAGCAGAAGACUGCCCGGGCAGUGCAGAGUGAUGCGGUUUAG